GACGUGGUGGUGAAGCUUGUGUUUCAAUGACCUACCAACCUAUACUGGCAGGGCUGCAAAAGCUGGGCAGGUUGGUGGCGAGAAACCACACGAAGAAGCAACCCAUCAGUCCUCCAGGAUUGCUGGGGGUUGAUCGUGAGGCUAAUGACCCCACAUCAUAAAACCUAAUUAUGGCAAAACCCCGAGGGAGGCCAUGACACGACUUGGGCUGUAGCGGCACUGGAUGGAUGGAUUCAUGACUUUGUACUGUAACUGUAGAAUCUUAUUCCUGAGGUCAUUCUCAGUCACAAGUGUCAACAUAAACAUAGAUCCAGUCUCCAUGGUUACAGAUUUAUCAAUAUCUGAAUGUUUAAAAAAUUAUGAUAGGGAAACAAGUAUGUAGGUAAAGUUUUUAUUGCUUAAUUUACAAUGAAUUUUCAAAAUGAUCACUUCGAGCCUCAGGAACAUCCUGGCACUUCUGAAUUGUGCGCAUGUAUCAUGCAGCAUCCAGAGUGCAACAGAGCGUUGCGGAAUGUGCUUCCAUUUUUUGCUGUUACCCCAGAUUUUUCAAGUGCCCCCACAGACAAACAUUUAGGGGGUUGAGAUCUGGAGAUUAGGUGAUCAAUCCAGGGAGGUGAUUGAGGUAUGAGAAUUGUGCCCAUGUUCACGUGACAUCUGUAACUUGGAAUGACUUCAGAAUGAAGUUCCUCAAGUUAACAUUUUGUCGUGUAUCAUCCUGUAUGUAUUCUUUCGAAACAAUAAUGCACACUUAUUUCUCAUCCCUCUUGAUUAUCUUUUGAUAUUCUACCAUCAUUUGUGUGAUCUGUCAUAACCUCAGCAGUUAAUACUGCGUUAUUAAAUAAGAGAACCAGUAAGUAUUCUGUCUGCUUAAUUUCAAUGAGUAUUGUAAUUUUAUUAUAGGUGUAACAACUGUACUCUGCACCUAAUGUUAGUAUUAUUAGAUUGAGAAUGAUGAUGUGGCAUGUAUGGGGGACAAGGGAGAUCCAUGGAAGGUUUCUUAGGAAACCUAAAUGCGUAAGGGAGGAUCAAGUGAAAGGCAGUGUUAUUCCAGUGACCAAUCAUCAUAGGUAACGCUCCUCACAUUCUUACUUUGCUAUAAUAGGAUAGAACUUUAGAUACAUAGCAGUCAGCUAAUGUGAAAACCUUGAACUCUCCAUCCAUGUUUACUUAACAGUUUUCACAUUUCUAGCAUGGUUUUUAUAAUCAGUAUUGUUAUUAACAAAUAAAAGCUGCAGAUAAAACCUGUGCUAACAUGUGGGACAUAUUUCUAAGUCUUUUGCAGGUACUGACUUUGUUGCUUGACAGGGCAUUGGUCAGAUUAACCAGAUUCUUUGAUUAUGACUCCUACUGACACAGGUCCCUGGACAGUCACCUUGAACUUUACAAUGUGGGACUUCGUUAAAGAUUCAUCCUAUGCCAAACAGCAUGAAAUGCCAGAUGUCCCAUGCAGUAAGAGAAUGAGGACUUGCAGAGCACCUGUAAGAAACCUAUUUGGUAUAUCUCACAAAAAAAAGUAUGGGAAUCAACAUUUAGUCUACCAAGAAAUUGCAAAUUGAAGUAAUUAAAUUAUGAAUAGAUUUGUACGUUGUAUUCUUACAACAUGGCAUUUUUCAAAAUUGUUUUGGUACACUCCAUCUCACAAAAACAAAAUAUGGAAUGGGUAAUAAGCCAUUUUCUUAGAAAAUAUCACCACCAGGUACAUUUGAAUCCACUCCCCCUCUUACUUAAAUGUGAAAUCUGAUACGUAUCUAAAUAAUUUGAACUCAAUGUCACGGAACCAAGAUUUGGUUGCGACCAUCAGUGAAUAUUCAAUGAAUUAUAAAAUUUUAAAAUUGUCCCAAGCACCUAGGUACCCAUAGGCAUGUUCGUUGGUGGUUCCUGGUGUAGACAUAGCGAAGUCUUGAUUCAGUAUACUACCAGUCUCGACAGAUUUAGUGCUCAAUUGUAUACAUUUUUCGUUAUUUUUCUCAGACUUUCCGGGAAGAUGUAUAAGCGCAUUCUUUCGUUUAGGUUGUAGUAAUUUACUGCAUUUUGUUUUAACUGUGAACAUUAUCCCUGUUGAUCGCACACGUAUAUCAGAGAGUGUGUUACGUUUGGAGUAUAGUCUUAAACCGUGUGUUCUUCAGAGCUACCGUACUAAUUAUUUCAUAACUUAUUAUGUUAUAUUAAUAUUAUUAUAAUUUGUAUGAAAAUAAAUGGGUAAUGCAAAGUUGAUACCGUUACGUUGUACGUGUCAAUGACUCCACCGUGUCUCUAACCUCUCUGGACAAUUUUGCAUUUCGCGGCUAUCAUGGUAUAGUCCAUUAUUAGUGUAAAUAAAUUUUCUGAAUUAAAAACUUAUUGUUAGCUGACCUAUGACAAUGUUAUAAUUAUGUAGCAAGAAUGACAGACAAAUGCUAUAAAUGCGUGCAAUGUCAAAUACUCCGACUGUUUGUUUGGCAGCGAUGAUGUCAUUUUUUAAGUGGAACAAGUGCGAGUUCAGGUGUCUAUGUGGCCAAAACAUACUAGUUUGAACACGGUAUGUGUGGUAUCUUUGAAAGCUGUGAAUAGAAUUGUUACAAUUGAAUACAGAGAGGAAAUCUUGUGUCAUGGAUUCACAAAGGAAAAUGAUACUGUUAAAAUAUACGAGUCUUGUAACACUGACAUUGCAAAACGCUGUUUUAGGAUUAAGUAUGAGGUAUGCCCGUACGCGAUCGGGGGACAUGUUCAUGUCUUCGACAGCGGUUGUGAUGUCAGAAGUUGUGAAGCUCUUGACUUGCCUUUUGUUCGUGUAUCAAGAAGAAGGUACCAUUGCAAGAACAACAGCAGCUCUGCAUAACACCAUAAUAAAAGAGCCAAUGGACACUCUGAAAGUUUGUGUACCGUCGUUUGUGUACAUAAUUCAGAAUAACUUGUUGUAUGUCUCGGCUUCUCAUCUGGAUGCAGCCACAUACCAAGUAACCUAUCAGCUGAAAAUUCUCACAACAGCCAUGUUCACUGUAUUGAUUCUACGCCGCAGUCUCCAACACUUUCAGUGGGGAGCUUUGGUAAUUCUUCUUACUGGUGUUGUGAUGGUACAGUUAGCUCAUACUGACAUGCCCUACUUGCCUUCUGGUUUUGAACAGAAUCGGUUGCUAGGGUUUGGUGCUGCACUUUCUGCUUGUGUUCUGUCAGGUUUCGCUGGAAUAUACUUUGAGAAAAUAUUGAAAGGCUCAGACAUUUCAGUGUGGAUGAGGAAUGUGCAGCUAAGUUUUCUGUCACUCCCAUUUGGACUCUUCACUUGCCUUAUGUAUGAUGGAACUAGAAUUCACAGUAAUGGAUUCUUUUUUGGUUAUGAUGUCUUUGUAUGGUAUCUUGUCACCUUGCAGGCUGGAGGAGGCCUAGUGGUUGCAUUGGUUGUGAAGUAUGCUGACAAUAUUCUGAAGGGCUUUGCCACAUCUUUGGCAAUUGUUAUCUCAUGUGUUGCAUCCAUAUACCUGUUUGACUUUCAUAUCACUCUUCAGUUUGUGCUAGGUGCUUCCCUUGUUAUAUGCUCAAUUUUCAUGUACAAUUAUAAACCAGCAACACGAGAAAGUCAGACCAUGCAGAAUCAGAAGGUGUGACAUGAAGCUUCUGUAUGUAUCUUCCAGUGCCAUAACACCUGUGUGCAAGAAAAUCAACAUUUGAUAUGAUAUAGGCUGUGAAUGGAUCUAUCAGUGACUAAUAUUUAUUGUUAUCAUUACUGUGUUAUUCAUUCAUGCAUUUUUAUGGCCAGUAUUUCAACAUACAUUGAUAUUUGAUAUGUCAUAAUUAAAUGUAAAAGCACGCAUUCUGCAUCCUUGGCUUAGGUCUAUGAAGAUUGUAUGGAAUGUAAAUAAAUUCUGUUUUAUAACAAAGUUUUAAGAAAGUUAUUAUUGAAUACAACAUAGAUAAGAUAUUAAAGUGAAAAAUAACUGUGUAUGAUUUGAAGUUUUCACAGCGGUGAGUAUGAAGAUUUCUGUCUUCUGGGUUGUUGCGCUGUGUAGUCUGGUCGAUGUUAACCAACGUUUCAGAGGUCAUACUGCCUCCGUCAUCAGAGCCUGAAAAAUCUGAAAAAUAACUAACUACCUUCUUAGAAUUGAUUACAUAUACAUGUAAAAAGAAACACGUUAGUAUGCACUAUAAUAAAGCACAAAAGUGAAAUGUAUUAAACAAAGAAAACAAUGGUUCCAAAAUUGAGCUGGCAUCUAUAGGAAUAUAAGCAAAAUCAAAAACAAGAAGGAACAGAAAUGUGUGCCAUAGGACUUGUGUAGUGAAUUUACCAAACUGGUAAGUACUCCAAUCAGGGUGAAUGAAUUAGAGUUGAAUGGCAAGAUUUGAAUGAGACAUAUCAAUUUUUUUAAGCAACAUGCCUUCAGAUUUAUUUUUAAAAAAAUGGUAGAGUACUUUCUAAAUGUGAAUACAGUAGAAUCAGAAUUUAUACAUGCUGUACUACGGUAAAUAAAAAUAACUCAUUAAAUGAUACAUCAAAUUAAUCAGUUAUUAAAUAAAAUAACUCAUUAACUUUUCCAGCCAGAUCACAUGCGAUGACUUCCCUGAAAACUUUGUGGUAACUUUUGUUUCAACUGGUGUAAAGUCUGAUGAUUCAACUAGAUUAUAUGGGAAUGGGUUUUAGCACAGACUCCAAGACUAAGGUCUUUCAUCACAACCUUGUGCUUGCUUCUUCUACAGGCUGGCAGAAAAGAGGAAAGGAGAGGAUGGGUAUUUUCAUCUUGUGGGUUCAGUGAUGUUAUUUUCUUUUGAGUUAUCACGAACUGUGGCUUGUGUUUCACUGUUUUGAUCCACAUAUUUACAUUUACUGUUAAUAUCUUUUACUUUGUGUAAGUAAACAGUUUUCAACUUUGGAACCUUUCAAACCAGAUCAUCAUUUAACUUACAUAUUUUUUAUUCAGCUGCCAUAUAUGAAAAUAAAUCAAGAAUAGAAUAUAAUUUAUUUGCAUUCCAUAGAUCCUUCUUAGUUCAAAGCCAAGGAUGUAGAAUAUGUAAUAAUUCGACAGAUUAAAUACAAAGUUUUAACAGCUAUUUAGAGACAUAUCUAAUAUAGUACAGUAUUACAGUAAAGUAAUUACAUCAAGGAAUCAUCACCGUCAUUGUACGUAUUUAUAAUAACUGAGAAUUAUUGUUUAAAGUAAUUUUUUCUACUGUGUAGAAGGAAUGAGAUAAGAAGUGCUCUUUUAGUGCUGGCUUAAAUAUUUUUAUGUAAUGAUUUAAACUUUCUAUGGUAGAAAGAAGAUUAUUGAAUUAUUCAAUUCCAGUGUAAUAAACUAAUUCUUGGUAUUUGCUGAGGUUAGUGUUUGGCACAUGAGGGUUAUGCCUUCAUUUUGUAUUUAAGUUGUGUACAUCUGAAAUUUUUACAUGUUGUAAUGCAAAUAUGAAUUUGCUAGCUAGUGGGAGAAUAUUAUGCUUUUUAAAUAAUUGUCUACAAGGUUCUCUCCUUUUAAAAGUACCAUUAUUUUAACGAA